CGGGGUUGUUCGAAAGAAAAGAAAUCAAUAGGCUAUAUAUAUGACGGCAAUGUUUUAUUAAUGAUUCAAAAAAUAAUGAUUCGAUUAUCAUUUGUUAUUCGUGAAUAUAAAAAGAAAAUACACAAUAGUGAUGAUUCUGAAAAUAUAAAUGAUAUUCCAUUUGGAACAACCUAUCGAAAUUUAUUAAAGAAAAAUGCUGGUCAUGAUUUAAUAAGCUUGUUAUUACAUAUUGAUGGCAUCAGCAUAACAAAUUCAACUAAAUUAAAAUUGUGGUUACUAAGUGGAUCAAUUAUAGAAGCUCCACCAAAGUUACGUUCUUGUCGACGUAAUAUGAUUGUAAUUUCUAUUUGGAUAGCUUAUAUUGAACCACCAGCACAUCUAUGGUUGAAUCAUUGUGUAAAUAAUUUAAAAAGACUAAAAGAAAAAGGUAUGUAUAUGUUGCUGUUGAUGAUAUUUAACUGA